AGAUGGAAGGCAUGCCUAAAAGAAGUGGCCAAUUUGUCAGGGUGGCAGUUAGAAGGGAACGGGAAUGAAUCCAAAUUUAUUCAAGAAAUUGCUCAAGCAGUCACAAGAAUAGUAAUUGUACAUACUUGAAUGUUGCCAAGCAUCCGAUUGGAGUAGAAUCUCGUGUACAUGCCAUCAAUGUGCUUCUAAGUGUUGGGAUGAAUGACAUACGCAUGAUAGGAGUCUUUGGAGUUGGUGGAAUUGGCAAGACAACAAUUACCAAAGCAAUCUAUAACUUGAAUGCUUAUCAAUUUGAAGAUAGUUGUUUUCUUGCAAAUGUAAGAGAAACUUCAAAAAGGGAGUGCGGUCUUGUCCAAUUACAAGAGAAGCUUCUUUAUGACAUCUUAGGAGACUCAAGUUUGAAGGUUGACAAUGUUGAUAGAGGAAUCAACAUCAUAAAAGAGAGGCUUUGCUGUAAAAGGAUUCUUUUAGUUCUUGAUGAUGUAGAUCAGUUGGCCCAGUUAGAAGCAUUAUCUGGAGAAAGUGGUUGGUUUGGUUUGGGAAGUAGAAUCAUCAUAACAACAAGAGACAAACAUUUACUAACCAAACAUAAAGUUGAUUUAACAUACAAGGUGAAGCAAAUGGAUCACAAUGAAGCUCUUCAGCUCUUCAGUUGGCAUGCCUUCAAAAAAGACAAGCCCAUUGAUGGGUUUGUACAACUCUCAGAGCAUGCAUUGCGUUGUGCUAGAGGCCUUCCAUUGGCUUUAGUAGUGCUUGGCUCAAAUCUAUAUGGUAGAAGUUUUCAUGAAUGGAAAAGUGCAUUAGAUAAGUGCAAAAGGCUUCCUAACAAAAAUAUACACAACAUACUUAGAGUCAGUUAUGAUGAUCUGGAUGACAAUGAGAAGGAUAUCUUUCUUGACAUUGCAUGUUUUUUCAAAGGUGAGGAUGCAGAUUAUGUCGUUAAAAUAUUAGACAGUUGUGGGUUUUUCCCUGAUAUUGGGAUCAGAGUUCUUUCUGAUAAGUCUCUUGUAACUAUUGAAGAGAAUAACAGAUUGGUGAUGCAUGACUUGAUACAAGAAAUGGGUAGAGAAAUUGUUCGUCAAGAAUCACCCAAAGAACCUGGCAGACAUAGUAGGUUAUGGUUUCAUGAAGAUGUUCGCUAUGUACUAGAAGAAAACACGGGAACAAACAAAAUUGAAGGCAUAUUGGUGGAGUUGCCUGAACGAGACUUGAUACACUUGAGUUCCAAAGCCUUCACGAAGAUGAAAAGGCUCCGGUUCUUUAUAAAUCCUAAUGCAUGUUUUUCUGAAGGGCCUAAUUAUCUCUCUAACGAGUUAAGAUUGCUUGAUUGGCCUGAAUAUCCGUUACAAGCUUUGCCGUCCAAUUUUCAUGGAAAGAAACUCUCUGUUUUUAGGGUCAGUAAUAGCCUUUUCAAAGAAUUGAAGGAGGUAUUCGAGAAUUUCCAAAACAUGAAGAUCAUGGAAUUAUCUGAUUGUAAGUUCCUAACAAAAAUCCCUGAUAUUUCAAGGAUCCCAAGUCUUGAGAAAUUAACUCUUUCUAGUUGUGAAAGUUUAGUUGAGGUUCAUGAUUCUGUUGGCUACCUGAAUAAACUUACCCAUUUGUCAUUUUCCAAGUGCUCUAACCUAACCACUUUACCAAGAAGCCUCAAGUUGAGAUCUCUAGAAUGGCUUGACAUUAGAGAUUGCUUAAGCCUUCAGAACUUUCCUGAAAUUGAGUGUGAAAUGCAUUUUUUGAGUUCCAUUUCAUUAGCCUACACUGCUAUAAAAGAAUUGCCUUCAUCCAUUGGAUACAUCACUGGCCUUGAAGAUUUAUGUCUAGAUGGGUGCAAAAGUCUUUUGAAUCUACCAAGUUCCAUUCUUCAGUUGCAAAAUCUAAGGUCUCUUUCCUUCAAGGAUCGUUUCCUAUUGAAGGUGAGGAAUAAAAGACAAUCCAUACCCUCUUUUGUGUCCACAGAGGGAUCAGAAAUUUUAUCAGGUGUAAAAUUACUCUCUUUGCAAACUCCAAAGAAUUCAAGCGUUUCUAAUGAUGAUUGUUCCUCAACAGUGUUUCCGGCAUUGCAAUUUUUUAAUCUUGGGAAGUGUGUCCUAUCAGAAUCGAAUUUGUUUAAGCUAUUUAACUGCUCUUCCACAUUACAAGAUUUAGAUUUCUCGAGAACUGAUAUUGUGAGCCUUCCUCCAAGCAUAAAAAGAUUUAUUGGAUUGAACCGCCUUAUAUUGCAAGAUUGCAAGCAACUUCAAGAAAUUGUAGAACUUCCACCAAAUAUCAAGGAGGUAGAUGCUAGUGGGUGCAUGUCAUUGGAAAUUUUUCCUGAAGCAUCAAAGAAAUUUCAAUUCAAUGCAUGCAACUUAAAAGCACUAGAAUGGAUUGACUUGUGUGGAUGCCAUAAAAUGCUUGUGAACAUAGGGAAUCAUGUGGCAGAUCCUUUAUUGGGUAAGGGUCAAUUUAAGGACCUUUUAGGCGGCAUAAUACUUCCAGGAAAUAGGAUCCCGGACUGGUUCAGCCAUCGUAAAGAGACUUCAAAUAUUAAUUCGUGUGAAAUGGAUAUUAAUGGACUUCUGUACAUGGAUGAGGUCGUGGGAAUUGUUCUAUGUGCUAUUAUUGGACCCAAUAUUUUGAUUGGCCGGGAAAGGCCCCUUCAUUCUAUUGGUGUUAAGAUCAAUGAUAAUGAAGUCCAAGAAAGAGUGGUUGAUUUAAUGGGAUCAGAUCAUGUAUGGCUAGAGUAUGUCGUUCUAGAAUCUUUUAAGCCAAAGGAGGACAAUAUGCAAGUAAAGUUCUAUAGAUAUUUAGAUGAACUGGUGUUCUUCAAAAGUUGUGGAGUCCAUCUAGUACACAAGCAUGAAGAGAAUGUGAAAGAUCAUGAUCCAGCUCUACUCCAUGAGAAUGUUGAUGUGCAUUUGGAUGUACCCAGUGAAGAGAUUGAAAACUCUUGAGUCGGAUUCAGUCGAUGGUAUUCAACUUUCUAAGAGGCAUUAGGAGGAUGAAGAUGAUGGCAUCAGGGAGUCCAUUAUGUACCCUCAACACAAGAGGGGUCCUUUUGGGCGUGCAAAUUUCAGAUUUGCGAAAACCCUCCAGCAUUUCUCAACUAAGGAGCCUCUAUAGACUUCCUUCAAGCUAAUAUGUUUUUCUUCUUUUUUUUUUUUUAACAGGGUUCUCAAAACUUAACAGUUAUGGAAUUCUAUAAUUGUAAAUCCCAGAUCUUUCAAGGGGUCCAAAUUUAAAGGAACUGACUCUUUAUGGUUGUGAAAAUUUAGUGGAGGUUCAUAAUUAUGUUGGAUUCCUUAAUAAGCUUAGUUGUUUGCGUUUGGAUGGAUGUUGUAGCCUUAACAUCAGUUUUCCAAGAAGCCUCAAUUUGAAAUCUCUAGAAUGGCUUGACACUGAAGGACACUGCCAUAAAAGAACUGCCUCCAUCUGUUGGGAACCUCAGUGGGCUUCGCAUUUUGAAUUUUGGAGGCUGUAAAGAUCUUAUGCAUUUACCAAGCAGUAUGUUUCAGUUUUAAGCACCUAAGGGAACUUUAUGCCUA